GUGGCCCUAGAUAGAUAGAUUUUUGAGGAUCACGAAGGUUAAUGGAGAGGUAUUUCUUUGAAGCUUUUGAGCAGUGAGUCCUAUUUGCAGUCUCGUGGAAACAGCAAGCGAGGGAGCAGAGAAGUUCUAGCUUCAUCUUUUGUAUUAAAAAAAGGCGCUCCUGAGGUUCACUUGUAGAAUUUUGUUAUGAUGGUUGCAUGCCUUUCAUGUACUCCUGAGGUUCUACCCAAAAGUAGCCCACUCACCAGCUGUAGACAAACCAAAUUUGGUUCUCAGGAAGCUCUCAUUUUACUCCGAAACUGCACCACUUUCAAUCGUCUCAAGCAAAUUCAUGCUAAGAUCAUCCGCAGUAGUCUUUCUCGAGACCAAUUAAUUAUGAGGAAACUCAUUCAACUUUGCUCUUCCCAUGGGAAAAUGGACUAUGCCACUCUUGUAUUUCAUCAAAUUCAGGGUCACCUUACCUUCACUUGGAAUCUAAUGAUUAUGUCUUAUACCAUCAAUGGGUGCUCACAACAAGCCCUCCUUCUGUAUAGCCAUAUGAUACGCCAAGGAGUUCCACCUGAUAAGUUCACCUUUCCAUUUGUUAUUAAAGCUUGCAUUUCUUCUACUGCAUUUGAACUAGGAAAAGUGGUUCAUGGGCUAGUGAUCAAAAAUAGUUUCUCAGGAGAUAUAUUCAUACAAAAUACUUUGAUGGACUUCUACUUCAAGUCCGGACAAAUAGAUUGUGGUUCCAGGGUGUUUGAAAAAAUGCGGGUUCGCAGUGUGGUUUCAUGGACAACCAUGAUUUCGGGGUUAGUUGCUUGUGGGAAGUUAUCUGCUGCCCGAGGGGUUUUUGAGCGAAUGCCAGCUAAAAAUGUUGUUUCUUGGACUGCAAUGAUCAAUGGGUAUGUCAAAAACCAACAACCUGAAGAGGCAUUUGAACUGUUCUGGAGAAUGCAGCUUGGUAAUGUUAGGCCAAAUGAGUUCACGCUGGUAAGCUUGCUGAAAGCAUGUACCCAAUUCGAAAGCCUCAAGUUGGCUAGACGGAUUCAUGACUUUGCUCUUAAAAACGGGUUUAAAAUUGAUGUUUUUCUUGGCACAGCACUUAUUGAUACUUAUAGCAAAUGUGGUAGUUUAGAGGAUGCAAAGAGAGUGUUUGAUAAGAUGCAAAUCAAGAGCUUGGCUACUUGGAAUUCAAUGAUCACUAGCUUGGGUGUGCAUGGGUUUGGAGAGGAAGCCCUUGCCCUUUUUGCAGCGAUGGAAGAGGCGAAUGUACGGCCAGAUGCAAUCACCUUUGUAGGUGUUUUAUCUGCUUGUUUGCAUACCAAUAAUCUGGAGGAUGGUUGCAGACAUUUCAAAUACAUGAGUGAACGUUAUGGUAUCACACCUAUCUUAGAGAAUUAUACUUGCAUGAUUGAACUGUAUAGCCGUUUUGAUAUGUUAGAUGAGGUAUGCAAAUUAGUAGAAGCCAUGCCUGUAAAGCCUAAUAGAACUAAGGAACAUCAUCUUUAGUGUUGAUCGCACGCCAGUGAACUUAUUUGAUUACUCUAUAGUGGUCAUGUCCAAUUCAAUGGGACAUCAGCUUCAAGUGUGAACUGGCUUGAUCUUCCGCCCGAGAGCUUAAUAGAUUUUGGCAGCGGCUGUAAAAAUUAUCUUGUGCCAUACAAAGGGAGAAUUGAAUCGCUAAAAGAGCUAUAAAAACAGGGCUCCUAAAAUUUUGGAUUUGCCUAUUCAUAGACAGUUUGAUUUUUAUGUACAUUUGAGUCUUUCUAUUUAUUUGCAAUGUCUUUUGGGAGACUAAGACUCUGUUUGGGAAAUCAUCUUAUAAGCAGGUAAGCUCUUUUAGAGUCAAAAACAGAAACUCACUCAACCUAACUUAUGGAAGCAGUUUAUUAUUUUACAAUAACACUUUUAGUUUUAAGUUAAGUAAAAUACUUUGUCACUAAUUUUAGCACAAUAAGCAAACACCGAGAUGUUUUAAUUAACAACCAUUUAUUCUCAUAUAACAGUAUAAAUCAAUUUAUCUUAUAAGCACAGUUAUACCAAACUUUAGCCCAUAUGCUCAUAUUCUUGAGGGUAGUUGAGCAAACCGCAUUAGACCAAGUCCACUCGUGGGUCACCAGGUCACCUAUUAUUCACUGCUUUUUAUGUGUAUUUUCACUUUCUGGGUCACGAGCACAGUAUAUUUCGUACCCUGGUCACCCUGGGUCACUUUCUGAGUCACCUUGAUGACCUGCAAACUGACCUGUUGACCCAGAGAGUGGAAAUAAACACUAAAAAGUAGUGAAUAGUAAGUGACUUAGUGACCCAACGGGUGAACUUGCUGUUACAUGUGUUAUCAAUUAUUUUUUACAAACUUUUUCUUGAGAAAUCCAAAGUCCAAAGCUUGACAUCUGUGAUUUGGAGCUGGCCACAUGCGAUCAAGCAGCCGGCCGAGCUUAGCGCCUUAACUAAAGGUUCAGCUUGAUACUUCUGUGAUUUGGAGCCGGGCACAUGCGAUCAAGCAGCCGGCCGACCUUAGCGCCUUAGCUAAAGAGAAGUAUUUUAGGUGUUUUGGAGUUGCUCGUCAACCCCAGAAUAUUCAAGACUGCAGGUUGCACGCCAGGUGUUUUAACACAGUUACACUUGGGUGGAAAACUGGAAUCGCAGUUUGUAGAUGGAAAGCCGCAUGUAGUAGUGCUCUUAAAUAAAUGAGAUUUGAAGUAAAAAUUCUGAAGUAAAAAGGAGGAGAGUGUUCAUCAACAACCAAAAUUCAAGAUUGGCAACGCCACAGCAGGAAGAAUGGCCCUUCAAUAUAACAAUAAUUAUUCUAGUCAUUAUAGUCUUGUACAUGUUGGCAAGGGAUUUGCAUAUCGUACCAAGCCGCCGGUAGGCAUAAUAGUAUCGUCGAGGCGUUCGGUGCUGAAUCGAAGAAAAUCAAGUCCAAUUUGGUUUCGUCGGGCAUCAUCGAGAUUUGAGUCCUAUAUAGUCGGGCACAGUCUCAGCAGCAGUCAAAAGGUGAUCUGGAAUAGGGAAAUGGUCCAUAAUCUGAU